AUACACCUCUCAAAAUUCGCCAGGUAAUCAUUUAUUCUUAGUUACUAAUUCUUAAAAUCCAAUAUUCAUGUAUGAAAUCAUGUUGAAUGCGGCGACUAACUUUUACAAAUACGAUUACACAUGUAUAACAAAGUUGAUAUCCCAGCGCCUAUAUGAUCAAUUUCAUCGCAUUUAUCAGCCCCUUCUGGCUGCGCAGCCUACAUUAGCCACCGAACAUGCCAAAGCACAAGAAUCCGUGAUCCUCGAAAAGACGUCAAAUCAAGCAGGAUACAAGCAAAUGGCGACCAAUAUCCUCAUGAAUUUAAAAAAACGGCCUGUGGCACAGAACGAGCAAGAUAUUGGUAUUGACGGCGAAUGGGUGGAUCCAGCAACCAAAGCACAACAGAUAGUGAUUACCUUGGAGAAAGCCAAUAAGCUUGUAUUGACCGAGGAACAAUUGAAAACAAUGGGAUAUCCAUCGGCAGCAGAGUUAGAGCAACAGGGCGGCGAUGGACAAACGGUUGGAUCCCAAAAGGCAUGUGACCGAUGCAAAAAGACGUAUGUGGUUAAGGAUGUAUUGCAAGAAAGCGAUCUCAAUGUCUGUCAGUAUCAUCAUGGUCGAAUGCGUAUGGUCAUGAACCGGGGUGAAAAGUUACGACUGUAUACAUGCUGCAAUGAGUCGCAUGGUAGUAUGGGUUGUGUCAAAGGUCCCCAUGUUUAUAAAGAUGAAAACACACAAGAUCUGCACGCUAAAAUUCCUUUUAUAUCAACGCCUGAGGCAGGCGCAGCAAAAGAAUCGCGCACAGUAGUGGCCUUGGAUUGUGAAAUGGCAUAUACAACGGCAGGCAUGGAGCUUGUGCGUGUAACCGCUGUGGAUGAGAACUGUCAAAUCUUGCUGGAUGAACUUGUGUUCCCGUCCCAUAUGGUAAUCGAUUUAAAUACGCGUUAUAGUGGUAUUAAAACAUUGGCAGGCGCAAAGCAUAAUCUGGACAGCGUUCGGAAGGAGUUGUUCAAAUACGUGGAUGCUAAUACCAUUCUACUUGGCCAUGGAUUGGAGAAUGAUAUGAAUGCUUUGAGGUUACUCCAUCCCAAAAUCAUCGAUACUGUGACACUCUAUCCCCAUCCUAAGGGUCUUCCUUUCCGUUAUGGCUUGCGGGUUCUUUCGACGAAAAUCCUCCAAAAAUUCAUUCAAGAUAGUACUGAAGGACACGACUCAUUUGAGGAUGCAAAGACUUGUGUCGAUUUGUUGGAAAAGUACAUGAAAUCUCCACAAGGUCAAAAAUUGUAAAAAGCAAAACGGCUACUCGCUUGUAAAGGUUUUAAUGUUGUGUAUAUAUGUCGAACAUGGAAAAAUUAUAUGUUGAAUAGCUAGGUGAAAUUGGAGGAGAGCAUAUGAGAGGCAUGGCUUAAAUGGUCUGUGAAUAUAAAUGAAGACGCUUGGAAAACAUGUUAUAUAAG